UUUUCCCUCAUUUGAAACCAAACCUAAAUUAUGUACUUGCAAUUGCAAUGCGAUUUAUUUAUAAGCAAAAGCCAUUAAUUGUUAUUAUGCACUAAUGUAAUCUGAAUCAGAGAUAAAUAAUGGAUCAGGUGGAGGCGAGCUCCGUCGAAUUCCUCGAUUUGAGCGGUAUUGAGGAACAAGAGCGAGCGGGGAUCAUAACAUCGCUGCACUCGUCCAAUCCUAAAAUAAAAUUACCGUGGUCGAAAACCUCCCAAGUGUACACGUGCGACGAAAGCACAACGUACGGUGAGUACGCAAAUGGGGAACCACAGACGAAUCACGACUCGAGUACCGUGCGGCAGCAACAUACAAACGGGGUUGCGUCCGCGAGUUAUGUUGCGAUAGACGAGGUUGUACCGACAGCGAAAUCGUGGGCUAGCUUGUUUAACAAAGGUGGCUCUCUGGCCGAUAAGUUUUCCGUACGCGAUCCAAUGCCGUCAAUUGUAGUGCCUCAGAAGUCCGAUGUCAAACUUAAGAAUGUGGCGAAAAUCUCUCUCAAGGAGCCUUUCAAAUCGCACUUUGACGAUCCCAACUUGAUUAGAAUGGGAGAGUUCCUUUCAUCGUUCGCCGCGGACAGCCGCAUAAUUAGCCUGCAGCCGCGCGGUCUGAUCAAUCGAAGCAAUUACUGUUACAUCAACUCGAUAUUGCAGGCCAUCUUGGCGUGUCCUCCCGUUUACAAUUUGCUCGUGGGCUUAAGCGAGAGCACCUCGCCCUCGACCGAGAAGAAGCGUAUCACGCCGACAAUCGACAGCAUGACAAAGUUCGUGCGCGAGUUCAAUCACCUACCCGCCGGCAUGCGAGUGGGACGUCGGCUGGAUAAGAACCAGAAGAAGGAGCACAGCAUUUUGAUCAAUUGCGAUACGCCAUUCGAACCGUUCUGGUUUCAUAAGCUCCUGAGUGGGGUGCGUAGUGAUACUUUCGUUGUAGAGGGACGACAGGAGGACGCCGAGGAGUUCUUGUGUUGUCUGCUUAACAGCUUGAACGAUGAGAUGUUGGAGCUGAUGAAACUAGUCGACAGUAGCAGCUUAGAUACCCCGUCCAUUGACUCCAGUUUCUCUUCUGACGAGGAUAAGGAGUGGCAGGUUGUGAUGGGACCCAAAAAUAAAGGUGCGAUCACCAGGCGGACGGAAUUUAGUCGAACUCCCAUUAGUGACAUAUUUGGCGGAUCUUUAAGGUCGAGGUUACAUCGGAGCGGAGAUCAAUCGACUGAUAAUAUACAACCUUUCUUUACUCUACAGCUAAAUAUUGAGAAAACGAACACGGUGCGAGAGGCGCUCGAUAUGCUGGUCUGUAAAAAUCAACUGGAGGGCGUGACCUCGUCGAAAACCAACGAAGAAGUGGAAGCCUGGCAACAAGUCACGCUGGAGGAGUUGCCGCUCGUUUUAGUAUUACAUUUAAAAUGUUUCGAUUACAAACUCGACGGCUGUUCAAAGAUAAUGAAGGCGCUCGAGUUCCCGAUCGACCUUAAGAUUGAGUCAAAAAUGCUGUCACUCAAGAGCAAUUACACUCCGAAGGAGAAACAGUAUAAGUUAUUCGCGAUUGUGUACCACGAAGGGAAGGAGGCGACGAAAGGACACUACGUAACCGACGCCUAUCACGUCGGAUACGCGAGCUGGCUUAGAUACGACGACGCGUCCGUCAAAGCGAUACCCGAGGAACACGUACUGAACCCUUUGGGAACGAGAGUUCCUUACUUGUUAUUUUAUCGUCGUAGCGAUUCUCUCAAUAAAAAUAAAUAGUUUGUUUUAAAGAUUGUUGCGUGCAACUUUUAAGAAUUAUUUUGAUAUUUAGGAA